AAAAUGGACAAUAUCCUUGCAGGCCUUGACGACAUUGAAGCAGACAUUAAGAAGUCAAACAAUGAAAGACACCAAAUAGAGAAAGAGCAGAAGAAGGCAGAGAUGGAUGAGUUCUUCGAUGACGCCCUUGCUGAUAUAGACCUUCAGGUUGAGAAAAAUGUAAACCUCAAGGAAAAGACUGAUCUCCAAGGAGAAUUAACUAAGCUUUAUAUGAACUUGUUAACUUAUAAUGAGCAGGAGAACCAAGUCCCAGCAGAUGAGAAUGACUACAUCAUCUAUGAUGUCGAUCAAAUGUAUGAGAAUUUUGAGAAGGAAGAAGGAGAGCAAGAGGAGAGACUAUUUAAUGCCGCUCACAAAUACUUUUCGACCAAGUAUUCCGAAGUCAUCUCCAAAGAGGAUUUUGAUAGGUUUACCCAGACAACAUUUGCUUAAGUUUAUUUGGAAUUCAAUAUUACUAGGUGA